AUGCAACUCUUCGCCGUCCUCGCCGCUGCCACUACCCUCAUUGCCGGCUCCAACGCCCUCUUCAUCCCCCGCAACAUCCACGUUGCAGACUUCCGCCUCUACAGCGCCGAGGGCUGCCACGACGGCAACCUCGGCGUCUGGACCGUCAUUGAUGACGACUUCAAGAAUGGCGAAUGCAAGGGCCUCAACGACAGUGAGCCCAAGUCUCUAAGCCUGACAGACAUUAACAAGGGCUGCACAUUCACGGCUUACACCGACGACAAGUGCACCAAGGGCAAGAAGGAUUUCACAAAGGGACACUGCUUCGACAACAAGGCCGGCUGGAAAGCCUGGAGCAUGAAGUGCGACUACAAGGACUAA